AUGUUCGGCUAUAAAAUGCGCGACACCCUCUCCUACAACCCUCGCCUCUCCUCCAUGUUCCACGUCCCUUCUCCUUCGCCCCCCUCCUCGCCAAUAGAACGUUCCUUCUCCGCCCAAGGAAAUUACCUCGAGGUCUUCUUCCACCAUAGUAUUUCUCACAGGUUGUUGUCGCCCUCGCUCUCCGGCAAGAACUACACCGCAAGAAACCUUACACACAUCAGGCCUGGCAGAGGCAAUGGGUCACGGCCCCAUCCUACCCGUGGAAAGCGCGCCGAACAUGCCGUCUACCGCGCCCACCUCCAGGUCGUCCACGACAUGGACGAUGGGCCCAACGAGAGACCAAUCGAAGUUGCGCUCAAGUGGGCGACGGGGAAGCAGCACAUCGACCGCCUCCGCUGGGAGGCCAGUAUGUACGAGAAUGAGCUGCGCCACCUCCAGCAGAGGGUCGUGCCCGACUUCUAUGGGUUCUUCCAGGCGACGCUUGACGGCGUCGACGUCGCCUGCCUGGUCCUCGAGUACUGUGGCGGCGUGCCCACGCGCGACACCUGCGAGCUCGGCCGUCAACGCAUGGAGGCCGCCAUACAACUGCACCGCGCGGGCAUCGUCCAUGGGGAUCUCGUCGACAACAAGCACUUCCUGGCCGCGAGCAGAGACGACAGCCUCCGCAUCAUCGACUUCUCGCGCGCGACGAUCCACAGCUGCCCGACUAGGACCCGCACGUCGCUGCUGGCGUACCUGCACGAACACGCGCGCAAGUUGCCCAGUCCCUGCGCGGAGCUUGCGCUGCUCGAGCAGACGUCCGGUCCCGAUUUCGACAAGCCAGGUGCAACCCGGCGCGCGGACGGUCCGUAG